CCGACGGUCAACACCUCACUGCAUAGGCUGAGGCCUAGCGGGAUUUCUGGUCGCGCCGGGAUCAGCUUGGCCACAGCCACCAAAUAGUUCCCGUUGUAUUUCAGCGAGAACCUGGCCAUGGAGCAGGGAAGAGAGACCCUCUACUGUGACGAGAAGACAUUUACCAGUGUAUAUCAAAUGAUGACCACACUGGGACGAGGAACCUUUGCCACAGUCAAACUGGCCUUCCAUAUGCCCACUGUCAGCUACGUGGCUGUGAAGAUUCUUGCAAACGUGAAGGGGUACUCCACCCAGAACAACAACGAGGUUGAUAUAAUGAGAUCCCUCGUUCAUCCGCAUAUAAUCAAGUUCAUUCAGGAGGUCCAGACAGAGGAUAUGACAUAUCUCAUAAUGGAUUACGCCUCUAAGGGGGACCUGUUGCAUCAGAUUCGCAAACCGGGAGGCUUACGGGAGUGCGAGGCUCGAAAACUCUUUACUCAGGUACUGCAGGCAGUGAAGUACUGCCACGACAACUGGAUCGUCCACAGGGACAUUAAGGCAAAUAACAUCUUGAUCGACGCCUCUGGGAAUGCCAAGCUCUGUGAUUUUGGCCUUGCGGUGAAAGUCGUCCCUGGCACAAAACUAAAGAAUCCCUGCGGAACUCUGGCCUACUGUGCCCCGGAACUCUUCGGAGGGGAGCCCUAUGAUGGCUAUGCCAGCGAUGAGGCCCACCAUCAGCCAAAUCCUGACGCGCCCCAUGAUCAUGGACAGCCAGGCACGGGCAUCCAUCCAGAGUCUCCCAGACACCCCGAGCCCUAG